AUGGCUUGUAACCGCUCGUCCAUCGAGACCUAGGAAUACCUGCUGCCCAACGGGAGCCACGUGGCAGACUCCCGGGCACCCCCAACACCUGCGCCCCUCAGGAUGUCCCUGGCGGUCCUCAUGAUGCUGAUGAUCUUGGUGGGGUUCCUCAGCAAUGCCGUGGUCUGCAUCAUCGUGUACCAGAGGCCGACCAUGCGCUCUGCCAUCACCCUGCUGCUGGCCACGCUAGCCUUCUCGGACAUCAUACUGUCCUUGUGCUUCAUGCCCUUCACCGUCGUAACCCUCAUCACCGUCCGCUGGCACUUCGGGGACUCCUUCUGCAGUCUCUCGGCCGCGCUCUACUGGUUCUUCAUCCUGGAGGGCGUGGUCAUCCUACUCAUCAUCAGCAUGGACCGCUUCCUCAUCAUCAUCCAGCACCAGGAAAGGCUGAACCCCCGCAGGGCCAAGGUGAUCACCGCCGUGUCCUGGGCGCUGUACUUCUGUGUUUCAGCCCCAUUGCUGGGCGGCUGGCCGCUGGUGGAGGUGCCGGCGUGGGCCCCACAAUGCAUGCUGGGCUACACCGAGUUCCUGGCCGGCCACGCCAAAGUGCUGACUCUGGUGGGGGCCGCCUUCUUCACGACCUUCGCCGUGAUGCUCAGCUCCUACCUGGGCAUACUGCACACGGUGCGCAAGAACGCCGUGUGCAUGCACAACCAGUCCGACAGCCUGGACCUGCAGCUGCCGACCCGCACCAGCCUACGGCGGCUCCAGCAGCAGCAGCAGGUCAGCCUGGACCUGAGCUUCAAAACCAAGGCCUUCACCACCAUCCUGAUCCUCUUCGUGGGCUUCUCGCUGUGCUGGCUGCUGCACUCCGUCUAUAGCCUGCUGUCCGUGUUCAGCCGGAGGUUCUACUGCAGACUCUCGUUCUACACCACCAGCUUCUGCGUCCUAGAGCUCAGCUACCUCAAGUCUGUCUUCAACCCCAUCGUCUACUGCUGGCGAAUCAAGAAGUUCUGCAAGGCCUGUCUGGAGCUGCUGCCCCAGACCUUCCAGAUCCUCCCCAAAGUGCCUGAGCAGAUCCAGAGGAGAAUCCAGCCAAGCACCGUCUACGCAUGCACCGAAAACCAGUACCCUGUGUAG